AUGUUUAUAACUGGCUAUGCUGUGAUGGCUGGUGCUGCAGAAAGACUUGUGCUUGGAUAUGACAGCUUCGGGAACAUAUGUGGUAGGAAGAACACUGCUGUAAAAGGGGCACCCCUUUCUGGACAGGACAUGACUAAUAAAAAGUAUGUGUUCUUUCUGAAUUCAUGCAGCCUGGAAAUGCAGAGUUCUUGUCUUUGUGUUUACAACCUGAACAUUUCCAGUUACACACUAAAUCCAAAGGCAGCUGAGCUGUGUCCCACACUGCCAGUUCCACCGAGUAAAUCUUUUCCAUUAUUUAAUCGAUGUGUUCCACAAAAUCCUGAAUGUUACUCCAAAUACGCAUCUGUCUUAAUAAGUAUGGUUAAUGAAAUGGAUGUCUUUCACCGAAUUCUGAGUGGAAUAUUGACAGGAAGAGAUACUGUGAUAGGACUGAGUGUCCUUGCACUAGCCUUCUCUUUUAUACUGGUUUUAGCCUUCAGAUUCAUUCGGCCACUUCUGGUCCAUACUUUGAUUGCACUGGUUGUAUUUGGUUUGUUAUUUGUCUCAGGUGUUCUCUGGUGGCUCUAUUAUGACUACAGGAACGAUCCCAGCACUGAACUGGAAACAGAAAAGGAAAAUGUAAAAUUUCUACUUGGAUAUGCUAUCUUCUCAACAAUAGUUACUGUUGUUGUGCUUUCCAUUAUACUUGUACUAAGAAAGAGGCUUCCGUUCACUGUGCAACUCUUUCAAAUUGUUGGUAAAAUCAUUGGCAGAAUACCUUUCCUCCUGUUCCAACCCCUCUGGACCUUUCUGAUUCUCAUUGUGUUCUGGGUAGUUUGGGUUGCUGUACUACUUAGCUUAGGAACUGCGGGUACUGCACAGACUACUUCAGGAGGACAAGUAGAAUACAGAGCUCUGUCUGGAAUUUGCUACAUGGCAUGGUAUCAUUUCAUUGGCCUUAUCUGGACUAGUGAAUUCAUUCUUGCCUGUCAGCGAAUGACAAUUGCUGGGGCAGUGGUUACUUGUUACUUCAACAGAAAUAAAAGUAGCCCUCCACCUCACCCAGUCCUGUCUUCCAUAUCAGUUCUUUUUUGCUAUCAUCUAGGAACUGCUGUAAAAGGCUCUUUUCUAAUCACAAUACUGAGAAUACCAAGGAUGGUUCUCUUGUACCUUUAUAAUGUCCUAAAGCAAAAGGUAGGUAUUGCAUGUGCAAAGUGCCUGUUCAAGUGCUGUUUCUGCUGGGUUUGGUGCCAGGAAAUUUGCUUAAGAUACUUUAACCAGCAUGCAUACACAACUACAGCCAUACAUGGGACAAAUUUUUGUACAUCAGCAAAGGAUGCUGUCUUUAUUUUGGCAAAGAAUUCUGCUAAACUUGCAUCCAUUAGCUGUUUUGGAGAUUUUAUACUAUUUCUAGGAAAGGUGUUUGUUGUAUGUUUUACUGUUUUUGGAGGAUUGAUGGCAUUUAACUACCAUCGGGAGUUGCAAGCUUGGGUAGUUCCUCUGUUGCUGGUUGGAUUUUUUGCCUACCUGAUGUCCCACAGCUUUCUGUCUGUGUUUGAAGUGACAGUGGAUGCCAUGUUCCUUUGCUUUGCUAUUGAUAUGGAAACAAAUGAUGGAUCUGCAGAGAAGCCAUACUUCAUGGAUCAGGAACUGCUGACCUUUGUCAGUCAGAGCAACAAGUUAACAGAAGGGCAAAACCAGAGAAGCAUGAGAUCUUUCCAGGACAAUGAAGAUGGGACAGAGCUCCAACCUAUGGAAACCCUCUGCUGGUGCAAAAUGGAUGGAUCAAAUAUUUGUUCUCAUCCUUCUUCCCGUUCCCAAGUAUGCCCAGCAGAGGAGGAGAAAGAUCGGACAAUGGCAAGGGGGUGGGAGAUAAAUCCUAUUCAGGUAGUCCUUCACGUGUCUGCAGUAGGAAAGUCAAAAGAGUGGUAG